AUGGAUGCCGAUGUCGAUGCUAUCGAUAUCGGUGAUGAUGAUGACGAUAAUGCUGGUAUAUUCAGCAUCGCCAAUGACUGCCACAGUGAGGACGAUGACAUCCUCACUGAUGAAGACAACGUUCUUUCAGCAGUGCACACGAAGCGCGCUGCUGUUGACAAGGAUGAAUCAGCAGAGAUAUUUCUGCUGACUCGCGAAGCGGUUUUCCGCUUCGUUCAAUACUCUAUUGCAGAUGCAACAGACGGACAGAAAGAAAAGCAGACAAACUUGGAAGAGCUAAUGUUCUUUCAUUUAAUGAAGGAACACUUAGUCGUACUGCCAACAGCAAAUCUACCAAAACAAGCAGUGACAAACGUGGGCAGAAGUAAUUUUUUACCCAAGCAAAUCGGUCUAUUUCUUGUAUUGCGCCGCAUGGGCAACGCGUAA